AUGCAAACAAGGUCUAAGUCUGGUAUUCACAACCCUAGGUUACAUCCUGCUCUGUUCCUUUCUCAUUCUGAGCCUAAAACUGUAAAACAGGCUUUGGCAAAUGCAGAUUGGCUCACUGCUAUGCGACAAGAGUAUGAUGCCCUGCUAAAGAACAGAACUUGGGACUUGGUAUCAUUACCUCCUAAUAGGCAAGCUAUUGGUUGUAAAUGGGUUUUCAAGGUAAAGGAAAAUGUUGAUGGUUCCAUUAACAGGUUCAAAGCUCGAUUGGUAGCCAAAGGAUUUCAUCAAGUGCAUGGUUUUGAUUUUCAUGAAACCUUUUCUCCUGUGAUCAAACCUGUUACUAUUCGGAUCAUCCUUACUUUGGCUGUCUCAUGGGUGAAAAUUAUUUCAACUUGA